AUGGCCGACGCAGGCCUCGUCCACGCCAGUCUCGUCUGGGUCACCUACGCCAUCGCCGUCUGCUGCUGUCUGCUGGCCGCCACCAUCACCACCUUUACCUGGCAGACGCCGCGCGACCGCUCCGCCAUUGUCAGCGUCGUCGCCAUCGUCUCCCUGACGGCACUCCUCGCAACCGUUCUUCUGCUCCCCGUCGACAUCGCCCUCGUCUCCGCGACCGUCUCUCCCGCCCUCGGAGCCAAGAAGACCUGGGCCACGCCCGACCGGGUCCGCAACAUCCUCCUCACUCUCAAAAUCGUCUACUAUUCCCUCUACAGCCUCGAUGCCCUGCUGUGCCUCAUCGUCAUCCCCUUUGUCUACUUCUGGUACGAGGAAUAUGACGAGAUUGAGUUUGAAGAAGAGGGCCGCACCUGGAAGAGCCGCUUCUGGGCCGCGACAAAGUACACCCUCUUCUUCGUUGCCCUCGUCGUUGUCCUCUUCCUCCUCGGCUUCUUCGUCCCCGCCGCCGGCGACGCGUCCAGGGCCCACUGGGACCUCGACUAUUUCAAGGACCUCGUAUCCCAGAACCACGGCGAAAAGGCCCUCACCUUUGCCCUGGGCCUGCUCAUGACUCUAGGCACCCUGCUCUACGUCGUCUACACGGGCGCCGGCCUCGCCCUCAUGCCCAUCUCCUUCAUCCGGUCCGCACCUUCCAUCUCGGCGCCCCAGCUGUCCGCCACCACCGCCUCCCAGCUCGAGCAGAACCGCGAGCGCCAGCGCCAGCUCGAGAUGCGCAACGCCGGUCGCGAGGAGGGCAUGUCUCGCAAGGACAGGCGCGAGCUCGAUGCCCUCGUCCGAGAAGAGCAGACUCUAGUCAGACGCGCCCGCCUCGCCGCAGAGGCCCAAGGUGAGGGCAGGAGCCGCGUCUACCAGGCGUGGCUCAAGGUCUGCGCGCUUUUCCGACCUGUCAAGAUGCUGGGCGGCAUUCUGCUCCUGCUCGUGUCCCUGCUCAUUUUCGUCUCCAUGUUCAUCACCGGCAUCGACAAGGCCAAAAACUCCAUCUGCAAGCGACGCUGCGGCUACAUUCUCGGCCACGUCCACGUCUUUCAACCCGUCAACUGGAUCUUUGUCCGGGCGGCCAAGGCGUUCCCCGUUGACUACGUCUUGAUGACCCUCCUGGUCCUGUUUCUGUUUAGUAGCACCGUCUCGGGUAUCGCCGCCGUUGGCAUCCGCUUCCUCUGGAUCCGUGUCUUCCAGAUCAGAAAGGGCCGCACUGCUCCCCAGGCGCUCUUGACGGCGACGGUCAUGAUGGCGCUGGCAAUCCUAGCCAUCAACUACGCCGUCGCCAUGCUCAUCGCCCCUCAAUACUCCACCUUUGGCACCCAGACCUUUUGCACCAACGAACCCGAGCACCCUGGCGCGCAGCCCGUCUGCGAGCGCCACUCGGACCUCAUCCGGCCAUGCUCAGAGGUCCUGGACGCCAAACAUGCCCGCGACGUCUGUACCCCGUCCGUCAUGUCGACGUUUCUUAACCGCAUCAACAUCACCUGGCCGUUUUUCGGCAUUGUCGACUUCUGGGCACAGUACGCCUUCCUGGGCGUGUUCCUCAUCGUCUUCGUCACCGCCCUGUUCCGCGCCCCCAAGGUGAAUGUCGCCGAGAUGGACGAGGAUGCCGAGGCGGACGAGGAAGAGAGCCUGCUGGCCACGACGGGGCGUCGCUUCGGCGCGACGUGGCAGGACCUGAGGGGGAAGCCAGCCAGCAGCGGUCCCCGAGGUGACGGGGCGACGAGAAACGGCGGUGGCUCGUCAGAGGCGCAUUGA